AUGUUUAUGAUUGUGUUGAUAGUAACGGUCGCCUUAGCUAAUUGUUUAGAACCAGUAGCGGAUAACAAAUUAGAUGAUGAAAUAAAACAAGUUAUCACUAAAUACCUAGCUAAGAUUCCGGACGUCGAACCGCAGUACGUCAUCCACGAGGGGUUAUCUAAGGUGAUAUCACGCUAUUUUAAAGGAAAGGUGUCGACGUUUCCGCUGUAUAAAGUCAGUUUAAAGUUAGACAGGAAUCCAGUCAAGAUCCCGUGGUCGUUGGCUGACGAGAGCAAUGCUAAUAUCACGGCCAACGUAGGCCAGAGUAUAGCAAAAAAAGGAAAAAUCUAUAAAUAUAUACCGGCGAAGACAACCAAUAAUACAGCGUAA